AACGAAUAAUCAUCGCAGCGUCGUCUUCUUGGUUUUUGUGUGCUGUUAAAAUAUUGAAAAAAAGCAAUUUGGAAUUUAUUAAAAACGCAAAAAACAAUUUAGUUUAUAUAAAUACGCAUUUUAAAACAAAAUUGUCAGCUAAAAGAAAGCAGACAUUUAACAAAAUCUAUAAAUUUUACUCAGUCGAAAAGAGUGAUUUAGCAGAAAAAGAAAAAAAAGUGAAAAUAUACUGCGAAUAAGUUUUUGGCCACAAUGUUUCAUAAUAAAUUAAUUACUUUGACCAUAUUAUCAACGGCUUGCUUAUUAACAGCCGCUCAGCUGAGUGUUAAUUUAAGUAAAGCCGAAUUACCCUCAACAGUUGUACCAAUAUUGCCCAUUAAAGAGGAAACCACAACAAUUACGCCCUCUACCACAACUCCUAGCACCACCACUACCCCAACCUCUACAACUCCUAGCACUACUACGACUACAACCACAACAACAACUACGACUACAGAGAAACCGACUACCACAACUGCAGCUCCCAUAACUACCACAACUGCAGCCCCCAUAACUAGCACAACACCAGCACCUAAACCCUAUCCCGAACCUGAAAUCGGAACAUGGAACUCCAGCUGUAUAAUGGUACGAAUGGCUGUGCAAUUAAAUUUCACUUACGAAACCAAAGAUAAUAAAACCGCUUACGGUUUGUACAACAUCCCCAAGGAUGCCAAAGUUGAGGAUAAUUCAUGCUUGUCGAAUAGUACGCAAAAUUUACAAGUGAAUUGGGGACCAGCUAAUGCCCAACAUAUCAUGCUUUUACAAUUCGAUCGUGUUAAUAAAACCACCAAUAUGACCAUGAUGAUGUUUACUUUGCCCUUGAUGAGUGAUAAUUUUCCAAAUGCUAAAGAAAAUCAAACCAUCCAAUUGAUAUACCGUGGCGGUAUCUUUACUGCACCCACACAAAUGUCCUACCAUUGCACUCGUCCUCAGGUCUUCAAUGUAACCGAGACCAUUGGCAAUACAAAGAUAGUGGGCACCGUCAAGGUACAUGAUGUCCAAACUGAAGCCUUCCGUUCAGCCAAUGCUACUGGCUUUGCGACCGCACGCGACUGUGACAGUUCGGAAACCCCCGAUGUGGUGCCCAUUGCUGUAGGCAUUGCCUUGGUAGCUUUAAUUAUUAUAGUAUUGGUCUCUUAUCUGUGUGCUCGUCAUCGUUCCACUUCUCGUGGUUACAUGAGCUUCUAAAUUUUUAGUGAGAGAGAGAGAGUAGCAAGCAAAAAACCUCGCUAUAAACAACAUUUUUAUUAAAACAUAACAUUUCAAAAUUGUGUUUAGUUUAAAAACUGAGGUUAUUUGAAAAGUUUUAACAGCAACAACUACGAAAUCAAUGUUUCUUUUUCUUAUUUUCAUCUUUUAAACAAAAAAACAAACAAAAAUAUAUAUAUAUUACCACAAAGACUAAAUAAUUGGCUUUUACUAAAAGCAAACACGGGAAAAAUAAAAAUACGGAAACAAAGUUUUUUAAAUUUAAACCUACAUAUAAUUUUAAUAAUAUUCAUUUGAAUUAAUUUGAAAAAAUUAUUAUAAGCAGCCUAUAAAAAGCUUACAAAAUUUAUGGCUGCUUUAAGUAUUUUAUGUAAUAAAACAAUAUAAAAAAAAGAACAUAAUAAUGGGGAACGAGGGUAUUUUUUUUUUGUUUUUCCUUUAAACAUAAGAACGUAAACUUUUAAAUAAAUAUUGAAAUUUUUAAGUUUUCAAACAUUUGGCGAGAGAGAUCAAGCUGUGUAAAAUACGUUUUUAGUUUGUUUUAAUUUCCUUGAAUUAUAUUUUAAUUUUUUUAACCUCUUUUAUGUUUUUAAUAUCUAUGAAAUAUAUUUCUUUUAUUAUUAUUAUUUAAUUCUACUUUUCCUCUACUUUUCCCCCAUUAUCGCUAUGUAUAGUUAUGUUUUAACCUCAAGUUAUGCAAACAGUUAUUAUUUUAACCUUCUGUAUAACUAUAAGUUAGCAUAUAACCAUACAUGGUGAUAAUAAGGAGGGGUUAGGUUAGUGGUAUUUUUCAUUUAAUUUUCUCUCCAUUUCUUUUAGUAUUAAUUAUUAUUUUCCAUAUUUUAUUUAAUUUUAUACAAAAUAUAUUAGAUUUGUAAUUGAUUAAUAAUAAAUUAAUAAUUAAAUA